GUAGUAGAGGGCACUUUUGUAGACGUCUGGCAUGGCGACUACGACGGGAAAUUUAAAGUGUAAAAAUCUUCACGGCUUUUUGAAAUCUUUACUUCCUGCAACUUUAACUAAAUUGUACAGUCACCCGGCAACAUGUCUUGCUGUUUUUCGUGAACUGCCUUUGUUGUCACGUCAUUAUAUCAUGCGUUUGCUGUUUGUAGAACAACCUAUCCCUCAAGCUGUUAUAAGCUCUUGGGUGUCUCAGAAUGUUAUAAAGCAAAAAUUUGAAGCCGUGGAAAGUCUCUGUGAACUUCAUAUCUGGAAUGAAGCCCCAACUCCAGGAGGCCUCCCAGGCUGGUUGUUAAAUCCUACUUUUAGGAAAAAUAUUAAAAUAGCUUUAGUUGGAGGUGGACAAACGUGGGAAGUUUGUGCCCCUUUAGACAAAGACAAAAAAACUCGAGAUAUUCAGUUUUUAGAUAGCUAUGCCAUGGACAGAUGGGAGUGUGUUCUACAUUUCAUGGUGGGUUCACAACAGUCACAUGAAGGAAUUAGUGCUGAUGCAGUUCGAAUUUUGCUCCAGGCAGGCCUAAUGAGAAAUGAAGAAACUGAAACAAAUCCACUGAUCACAACAGAUGGGUUCCAGUUUUUAUUGAUGGACACUUCAACUCAAGUCUGGUAUUUUAUGCUUCACUAUCUAGAAACUGUUGAGAGUCGAGGCCUACACCUUGUGGAAUGCUUAACCUUCCUCUUCCAGCUCAGCUUUUUAACUCUUGGAAAAGAUUACAGCACAGAAGGGAUGACUGAAUCUCUGCUGAUUUUUCUACAGCACUUGAGAGAAGUUGGAUUAGUUUAUCAGAGAAAGAGGAGGUCAGGUAGGUUCUAUCCCACGAGGCUGGCAAUCAACCUUGCAUCAGGCUUGAAGGACAACAGCUUAGAUGUUCAUAGACCAGGAUAUAUCUUAGUGGAGACAAAUUACAGAGUAUAUGCUUAUACAGAUUCUCAACUGCAGGUUGCGCUACUUGGAUUAUUUUGCGAGCUUAUUUAUAGGUAA